ACACAACAGACCGGAUAGCGUGCAGUUGGCUCAUCGAGCGAUACGUCCUGUCCGUACAUACGAUCUUCGGCGAACUCUUGACAGCUAGCAGGCAACUCGUCAUCGUUUCAAGCAAAAGUGGCUGAAGUGGGGAGGAAAGGGGAGAGAUUCAACUCUGGUCUCCCCUGCACUUCCUGAGAAGAGUCAGCCAUGGAUGACAGCUCCUCUCUGCGGAAAGUCAGCAGUUCCACAGAGUCAGUGGCCACCGUCACCAGCGAGGAGUUUGUUCUGGUACAGCCUGGUGCCACUGGCUCACCUCAAGGCUCUGAAGGAAAACCCAAGCUCAAGAUGUCUUGGAACGGUAGUGAGCAGCUGGAGAAAGCAAUGGAGGAGGUGCUGGAUGAUGACGACGACGACGACGAUGACGAGAAAGUGGAGAAAAGUAGCGUGGAAGAGAUGGAAAAGCACAGCAACCCAGAAGUCCUGGAGAUACAACCUCCAGAGAUAACAUCGCCGUGUCCAGCGCCGGCUAGCCCCGCCAUUCAAGAGGAAGACAGCGUGCAGUUCAAUAAGCUGUCUUACUUGGGCAGCACUUGCGUCAAGGCUCCUCGCGAUGAAGCCGAAGCGCAGAGAGCCAUGGCUACCUUGCGGGCCGACAGUGCCAUCCCUAUCCCCGUCACUCUGCAUGUACCCUGUGGACCAGAAGGUUCUGUGAGGGUUGUGGACCAGGCAUCGGGCACAGAGAUUUUCUCCUUUCCCAUUUACAAGGUGUUGUUUUGUGCCCGCGGAUGCGACGGUUCGGUGGAAAGUGACAGUUUUUGCUUCACCGAGAGUUAUCGGAGCUCCGAGGUCUUCCAAAUUCACGUCUUCGCCUGCCACAUCAAGGAGGCCGUCAGUCGAAUCCUGUACAGUUUCUCGACAGCCUUUCGCCGCUCUUCGCGGCCGACUGAUAUCAGAGAGACGCCGCUGUUGAGUCCUCUUGACAGUAACCUCUUUAUUUUCACUGUCACCCUGGAAAUUAAGGAAGAUGACGGCAAGGGAAAUUUCAGUCCGGUUCCCAAGGACCGAGACAAAUUGUACUUCAAACUGCGACAGAAUGUUCCGAAGAAAGUUGUGAUUACAGUGCAGCAAAUUAGCAACAAGGAGCUGGUGAUUGAGAGGUGUUUUGGAAUGCUACUAAGUCCAGGCCAGAAGGUUUGCAAUAGCGACAUGCAUCUGCUAGACAUGGAGUCGAUGGGAAAGUCUUCUGAUGGAAAGGCCUAUGUGAUCACAGGAACCUGGAACCCCAAUAUUGCAGCCUUCCAGGCCCUCAAUGAAGACACGCCAAAAGAUAAGCAAGCCUACAUGACGGUAGCAGUAGACUUGGUCGUCACAGAGGUGGUGGAACCAGUUCGCUUCCUGAUGGAAACUUUGGUCAGGGUUUAUCCCUCAAACGAACGUUUCUGGUACUUCAGCCGAAAGACCUUCAGCGAGACCUUUUACCUCAAACUUGGACAGCAUGCAUCAGAGAGGACAGGUCAGAGUGAUGCGAUGUACGAGGUGGUGAGCCUUCAGAGGGAGGCGGAGAGAAAUAAUCAAGGCAAAGGACAACUGGCCUCACCCACUGAAGAGGAUGAGGCGGCGGAUGACGACAGUGACAGUGAAAUCUCCAGCGGGACGGGAGAUGUUUCGAAAGAUUGUCCUGAGAAAAUUCUGGAGUUGUGGGGAGCAAUUCUCACUCGAUGGCAUGGGAACCUGUCCACUCGUCCAAAGGGUUUGCACCCAUUGGUCCGUAGUGGCAUUCCGGAGCCACUGAGAGCUGAAGUAUGGCAGCUGCUGGCCGGUUGCCACGACAACCAUGACCUGCUUGAACACUAUCGCAUCCUCAUCACCAAGGAUUCAGCUCAGGAGGCGGUGAUCACUCGGGAUAUUCACCGUACCUUCCCUGCACAUGACUACUUCAAGGACUCUGAUGGAGAUGGACAGGAUUCACUCUUCAAGAUCUGCAAGGCCUAUGCGGUCUACGAUGAGGAAAUCGGUUACUGCCAAGGACAGUCGUUUCUUGCGGCUGUUCUGCUUCUGCAUAUGCCUGAGGAACAGGCCUUUUGUGUGCUGGUGAAAAUCAUGUUUGAGUAUGGCCUCAGAGCUCUCUACAAAAACAACUUUGAAGAUCUUCAUUGCAAGUUCUUUCAGCUGGAGAAGCUCAUGCAGGAACAGCUACCCGAUCUCUGGUCCCAUUUCCAAGUACUCAACCUGGAGGCACACAUGUAUGCCUCUCAGUGGUUCCUCACCCUCUUCACUGCCAAGUUCCCCUUAUGCAUGGUGUUCCACAUCACCGAUCUCCUGCUUUGCGAGGGUUUGAACAUCAUCUUCAAUGUUGCCUUGGCUCUGCUCAAGACAUCCAAGGAGGAUCUCUUGCAGGCCGACUUUGAAGGGGCUCUGAAGUUCUUCAGAGUGCAGCUGCCCAAACGCUACAGAGCUGCAGAGAACGCCAGAAGGCUGAUGGAACAAGCUUGCAACAUCAAGGUUCCAACCAAGAAGCUUAAGAAAUUUGAGAAAGAAUAUCAGCUGCAGAGAGAGAGCCAGCUACAGCAAGAAGACCCCAUUGACAGAUACCAGAGGGAGAACCGCCGCCUUCAGGAAGCCAGUAUGCGUCUAGAACAGGAGAAUGACGACUUGGCCCAUGAGCUGGUCACCAGCAAGAUUGCCUUAAGGAAUGACCUGGAUCAGGCAGAAGACAAGGCCGAUGUUUUGAACAAAGAGUUGCUCAGCACAAAGCAGCGUCUGGUGGAGACGGACGAGGAGAAGAGACAACAAGAGGAGGAGACCGCUCAGCUGAAGGAAGUCUUCAGGAGGGAGCUGGAGAAAGCCGAGCUGGAGAUCAGGAAAACCACAGCCAUCAUCGCCGAGUACAAACAGAUUUGUUCCCAGCUUAGCACCAGGCUGGAAAAGCAGCAGGCAGCGGCAAAAGAAGAGCUGGACAUUGUCCGGAGUAAAGCCACGGGUUGCGAGCACUGUCGAGAGCUUUUCACCAGCCUGGGUUCCCUGCAAGUGUCGUCCCCCGCCCGCGACGACGCAAGCUCGGAACCGCUGGACGAGGAGAAGGACGGACUGAAGGAGCAGCUCAGGGAGAUGGAACUAGAGCUGGCACAGACCAAACUCCAGCUGGUGGAGGCCAAGUGUCGCAUUCAGGAGCUGGAACACCAGCGAGGGGUGCUGAUGAACGAGAUCCAGGCGGCCAAGAACUCUUGGUUCAGCAAAACCUUGAGCUCCCUCAAGAGCUCGGCAGCCUCAUCUUCGUCCACAUCCCAGAGCCCGUGUUCUCCAAAGGAAGGCCCCCCCGCCUAGGGAUGCUCUCCUCAUGGCCUCGGCGGAGACAUUAAGUGUUCCUUUUCUGGCUCUUUGGACUGCGACAAGAGAGGAAAGUGAAACAAAUGGGAGACUGCAGCUGGCCUGAGUGAAUCCAUACUAGAUGCUUUGCUCUUUUAUAGCCCUCACUAAAACGCCGGAUGGUGAGGUAAUACUGCUUUUACACAAUUGGAGUGAUUGCAUUUGAGUGUCAAACAAAUAUUGUUGUCUAUGUU